AUGUGUGAAAGUUUGUGGUGUUUUUGUAUCUUUCAGCUAUGGCUUCUGACUGUCAUGAGUUGUUCCUAAGGGGUGAGACCACAAGCGGGCUGUUCACCAUCCAGCCAACUGACUCUGAGCCUUUUGAGGUCUUCUGCGAAAUGACACCCGAAGGAGGAUGGAUAGUCAUCCAGAGACGCCAAGAUGGAUCUGUAGACUUCGAUCAACUUUGGCAGGCAUACCAGACUGGCUUUGGGAACCUUAAUGGCGAGUUCUGGCUUGGCCUGGAAAAGAUCCAUUCUGUGUCCAAGGGCGGCAACUACAUCCUCAAGGUGCAGUUCUCUGACUGGCGGGAUGAAGUUCAGACCAUCAACUACCCUUUCCGUCUGAACGGCAAGGAGAGCAACUAUUCCUUGCGCAUUCUGGGGAGUCCUGCCGGGAACCUGGAGAGCUUUCUGUCCACCGAAAUAUCUGGAGUGCCCUUCUCCACCCGCGACAAAGACAACGACCAGAAAAAUGACCUCAACUGUGCCAAACAGCUAUCAGGUGGUUGGUGGUUUAGCAAUUGCGGUCGCUCAAACCUGAAUGGCAGAUAUUUUGUUACUCCUGCACCAAAGCAAAGGCACCAGAGAAAACAAGGAGUGUUCUGGAAAACCUGGCGCGGCCGCUACUACCCACUGAAAACCACCACCAUGAAGAUUGCACCUGCCGAGAUCGAAAACAAGUCAUAGAGGACCUCCGCUGAGAUCUUAACCAAUGAUAUGGGUGGAGAAACCACAAUUCGUAACCUGCCAAAAUAACAUGUUGGUGCUGAAAAGUUCUAUAGCUCUAAGGAGUGUCUACUGUUGUUUGUUAGAACAGACAAAGUCUGAAUCAUGAAAGUGGUGGACUCUCAAAUCUGCGCAAAAAUAGGCUCUUUUAUUUAGAACUAAAUGUGCCUGGAGCUCUGCAAGCAGCAGCAUGUUUUAAAUGGUGCAGGCCACUGUAAGGAUCUGCUACAUGUUUAGAUAAAUCUGGCAGGGUGACGUCAAAAGACCUGAUGGUUAAGCACAAUUGCAAGCACUUUCCAAAAGCUAAAAAGCUUGGGGAAGAAAUGAGCCUUGCCACUAAAAUACGGACCAAAUAAGCUAUAUAAGCUUAAGCCAGUACUUUUGAGAAUGCUUAUUGUCUCAAGGCAUUAUCCACAGACAAAGACAUGUAUUAGUAGAUCUGCAGAACAUUGAAAGUUCGUUGCCUGACAAUUCAUUUUAAGUAUCUAAACGUGGAAGUUAUUUUCUGGUACGCAUACGCUGUCUUUCAAAAGCUUAAAUGAUCUGAGACUACUUGUGUAUUUUACUGUUUUGAAAUCAAAUGAGGAGUUCCUGUGGAGAUUCAUUUUCUCAGUCACAUUGACUGCCUUUAUAUGUCUAUAGCUGUCACUUCUCUGUAAAUAACAGAAACAUGCAUUUUCUUCAUAGCAUUGCCGCUGUAUUCUUGCCAACUUUAAAAGGUCAUGCUCCGAUUUCCAUAUUAUUUAAAUGUU